AUGUCUCAAGAUUCUCCACUGUUAGAAACUUUACAAAAUCAAAAAACUAAAGUAAAAAGAAUCACUGACGAUGAUUCACUAUUCCCAUUUAUUCAAAGUUAUGUAAAUGAAAAAAACGACCUAAAUAAUUGGAAGUCGGCUUUAAUAAAUAAAACAAAUUUGAUACACAAAGAAACACUAUCAGAAUUAGAAGUGUCGUAUGAAGAAUUAAAUGUAUUUCGUAAUUCAAUAAUAUCAAUAUUAGAUAAUCUAUCAAUGGCAAUUGUUGAAAAUGUCACCAUCGAUGAAAUAAAUCAAAUUUAA